AUGUUUCGGUGUACUCAAAUUAAUGGUGUAAACAAUGCAGUAAAGUUAUUUGGAUUAUGCUCUGUAUGUAUAUGGACUUUAUUUAUCAUUUCAAAACACAUUAUUCAUAAUCAACCUGAAUUAACACAAUCAAUGGAUAAAUUAGAAGAAAUUCCGAAAUUAUCUACUGAUGCUGAUUCACGCAAUCUACCGUUGAUAUUUAUUGGGGGUCAUCAAAGUUCAGGUACUGGAUUAUUACGUGUUCUACUGGAUGUUCAUCCAAUGGUUCGAUGUGGUCCAGAACCAGUAGUUACAAGAGAAAUAUUAAGACUCAGACCAAAGAAUCGAGACGGUCAGGAUUGGCUUUCACAAUCUGGUAUCACACAAAGUGUACUUGAUAAUGCUAUUGCUGGUUUCAUUGUAUCAAUACUGAAGAAUAUGGGACCACCUGCUGAUAGAUUAUGUCAUAAAGAUCCUUCAUCUUACAUAUAUCUAAGGUAUUUAAGUGAAUUAUUUCCGAAAGCUAAGUUCAUUCAUGCAGUACGUGAUGGAAGAGGAGCUAUAAUGUCUACAAUAAUCCGUAGAAUAAAUCCAACAUAUACUUCGGAUAAUAUUCCUGAAGCACUUAACCAAUGGACGGACUAUACAUCACAAAUGAUAAAAGACUGCCAACACAUUGGAAUUCAUCGAUGUAUGACUGUACGUUAUGAGUGUCUUGUCAUAAAACCGAAGAGAGAGAUUCAAAAAAUCCUUAAUUUUCUGGAUCUUCCAUGGGAUGAAAAACUACUGAAUCAUGAAAAAUAUGUUAAUGAAACUUCUAUGAUAAAUAAAUACGAAGCCAGUUCAGUUCAAUUUGUUAAGGCUAUACACAAAGAAUCUUUAUAUGCUUGGUCUAAUAGUAAUUCAAUAAUACCCAGAAAUCUUAUUACAACUAUGCAUAAGAAUAAUAGUCUAUUAGCUAGACUUGGUUAUACCAGUGGAAACAUUCCUCCAGAUUAUGAAGAAGUGUGUGAAGUUGAUUUAAAAUUGUAA